AUGAAACGUUUUGUGUCACUCAGCAAGGAUUGUUGUGUUAGAACAGUGCUGAUUUCUGUGGUCGUCACAACAGCUAUUGUGCUGAUAGUAAUUGUUGUAUCACAUUGGAAAACUAAUGUGAAGUCUACGCGGACGAAACAAGCUCAAACGGUGUGUAGUCGUGUAGAUGUUUGUUUUGUUAAUUAUUGUGGGACAAUUGUUAAACCCGCCUUGCCUUUCUGUCGUUUUGUUAAUGAUUCUAGGACAACUGUACACAAACAGUUAAUCUUUGAACACCAAUUCCUUCUGCGGGAUUUCAGUAACCGACAUUCAGUUCAGAUCUUAGCCAUUGACGAUUUCACACGGAAGUACGUCAUCUUGUGGCCAGAUAUUAAUAAACAUUAUAACUUAUACUUGGUGGUUGAUUUUGAGAAGAACACGGAAACAGUGCUCAUAGUGUCCAAGUCAGAGAAUGAGUUCGCAACAAAUGUGAAAGAAAAUACAGCCUUGUUGUGUCAGACUAAGAGAUUUGACAGAGAUUUCCACGGGGAGCCGGCAACAGUGGCAGAUGUCGUUGCGACUUCGAAUCAAAAGAAAAAAUCAGGUCACUCAAACAUUGAACGUGCAGUGAGUUAUAUAGGAGGACCUUUGGCGUUAGAGCGCUUCAUUUCAACUGUUGUAAACUCCAGCUGUGAAGACCUACCUACAACUGCCUUGUUCAAGUGGGAUAAACUCGGUCUACCCUUUCCGGGCAUUCCUCUCUCAAAAGGCCAGAUUUGUCAAAAGUUUCGGACCUGCAACUAUAUACAGAAAUCUUGUGACCCUUACUACCGGGAAAACCCUGGUAGAACGCAGAACCAGCCCUAUUGCAACUGCAGGGACACUGCAGCAAAGGACGCUGAUGGCAUUUCGUGUCCUAGAGUUGCAGACGACGGUGGUGAGUGCGAAAUCCCGAGGCGGGAUUUGUUGGUGACUCAAAGAAGUCUGCCUUGUUUGUGCAUAUAUAGAUUUCCUGUGGUCUAUCCGUAUACUUCAGUUAGAACAGCGGACUCACUGACAGAAAAUACAGUUAAAGACGGUAAUAUUUUAAAGUGGUAUGAGAAAGAGAAAGUUGUGACCGGCCCAGCUUUGACAUGUUCGCAAUGUCCAUGUUAG